GCAAAUAUAAAUUAAAUUCCGUUUCCUACUAUCACUAAAUCAAAUCCCCAACCCCACCAACUCUUCACCAAUAAACUGAACCACACUCUCCCAAUACUUCUCCUUACCCACUAUGAGCACCAUCAUGAUCCUAAUACCCUUUAUACUAGCUUCAUUAUUUCCCUUUUUUCAAGCUCAGCCUCUAUCAUCAGCCUUCGCCAACCAAGGUCAAUGGAAUCUCCUGCAACCAAGCAUUGGCAUAUCCCCAAUGCACAUGCAACUUCUCCAUAACGACAAGAUCAUCAUGUUCGACCGAACCGAUUUUGGUCAUUCAUACCUCCCUCUUUCUAAUGGCCGUUGCCGCAUGGAUCCCAACGAGAUUGCCCUAAAAGUUGAUUGUUCCGCUCACUCAGUACUAUACGAUGUAGCCACAAACACUUUUCGACCCUUAAUGAUACAAACAGACACGUGGUGUUCCUCGGGCUCGGUUCUCCCCAACGGUACAUUGGUCCAAACCGGUGGCUACAACGACGGUGAACGUAGCAUUCGCAUGUUCACCCCAUGCUUCGGUGAAACCUGCGAUUGGGUCGAAUUCCCAGGUUUGUUGUCACAAAGAAGAUGGUAUGCAACGAACCAAAUACUCCCAGAUGCUCGUGUCAUUGUUGUUGGAGGUAGAAGACAAUUCAACUAUGAAUUCUUACCUAAAACACCUAGUCCUAACAGUUCUCCCUCAUCUAUUCCACUUAAUUUUCUCCAACAAACUAGCGAUAGAAGUGAAAAUAAUUUAUACCCUUUUGUGCACCUUUUACCCGACGGAAACCUAUUCAUCUUCGCCAACACGAAAUCCGUGUUAUUCGACUACAAACAAAACAGUGUGAUCAGAGAGUUUCCUCCAAUCCCAGGUGGCGAUCCUCGUAACUACCCUAGCUCCGGAUCUUCGGUUCUUCUCCCACUAGACGAAAACCUAGAUUCCCUCGAACCUGAAGUGGUGGUGUGCGGCGGAGCUCCACGUGGCUCGUUCGAGAAUGCCGCACGUGGGAACUUCGUGCAAGCCCUUGGCACGUGCGGGAGGAUUAAAGUCACUGACUCUAACCCUAAUUGGGUGAUGCAGAACAUGCCGAUGCCGAGAGCAAUGGGAGACAUGCUUCUUCUCCCCAACGGCGACGUUGUUAUAAUUAACGGCGCAGGAGCCGGGACCGCCGGGUGGGAACACGGCCAUGACCCGGUGUUGUUGCCGGUGAUAUUCCGGCCAUCGGAGACGGUGAAUCAGUUUAGUGUGAUGGCACCGGCGUCAAGACCUAGGUUGUAUCACUCUUCAGCGGUGUUGUUGAGAGAUGGAAGAGUUUUAGUUGGUGGUAGCAACCCACACGUUUAUUACAAUUUCACUGGGGUUGAGUACCCCACUGAUCUUAGCUUGGAAGCGUUUUCUCCGCCGUAUUUAGCGCCGGAUUUCGCUCCGGUGCGGCCAGUAAUUAGGUAUAUUACUAACAACAAUGUGUUGGGGUAUAGGGUUUUUUGUUAUGUCACAUUCACGGUGCCUAAUUAUGCUUCGGUGAGUGAGGUUUCGAUUAGGAUCGUGGCACCGUCGUUUACUACUCACUCUUUUGGACAGAAUCAGAGGAUGGUGGUUUUGAAGUUGAGUGCAGUUACAUAUCUGGCCGGGGAGGCAUAUUACGCCACCGUGAUGGGGCCUUCCACGGCGGAGAUAGCACCGCCGGGGUACUACCUUUUGUUUGUGGUGCACAAGGGUGUGCCAAGUUGGGGUUCGUGGGUGCAAGUGAUGUAAUAUGUAACGGAGAUUAUGGGUAGUUGCACAUUUGGUUCAAUAUGGGUGUUAAUAACAUAGAUGUAACAGAGGAAUUUGUUAGAGCAGGUUAAUCAGGUCAAUCAUGAUGAGUUAAUGUCAAUGUAAACCAAGAAAGAAAUCAUGAUUUGUAUGUAUUUCGACCAAUAU